GUUUGCGUUCCUCAGUGAUCACAAACCACCCCGUAAACUCGUCACCAUCAUAACCAUCAAUCAGCCACCCUAAAAAUAACCCCACCAAACACCUCGCCUCAGGUCGACUCUCGCACUAGCCCUCCACCCCUCGAAUCGGUGGCAGGUGAUUUCCCCCGUGAAAAUCGCGAACCCCAAGCCCCUUCCCCCAGUGCACACAAAAAAUGGAAAACCCCGAGGAGGUGCUCCAAGCCCUGGACGAGUUCCAGAAGCUUCGUCCAUCCGAGAUCCCGCGUGAGCUGGAGGACUACCUGUGUUUCGUGGCCAAAACAGGUGACCCAGUGUACCAGUGGUCCCUGAUAAAGCCCCUGUUCCGCGAGAAGCUCGUCCGCGUGAUGACUGACUUCUACGAGAGCUGUCCCACAUUGGACCUGGCAGCAAGCCCCAACAUCGAGCAGUUCAACUACGACAGCAUGAAGGGCAAUCUCCUGGAGCUCCUGGAGUCCUUUGCCAAUGCCCCCUUCACAGUCCAGCGAAUCUGCGAGCUCCUGACAUCCCCGAGGAAGGAGUACAACCGAGUGGACAAAUUCAUGCGAGCAAUUGAGAAGAACAUCCUGGUGGUGUCGACACGCGAGCCAGGGCCAGCAGCACGUCGAAGUGAGAAUGGCGACAGCAUGAUAAACGGUUCAAUGGACGACGAGAGUCCAGCAACCCACCACGAGGUGGAGAUGGAGUCCUGGGUGAAGGACUGCACAGCAGACGUCCCCGAGGACGAAACAAAAUCCCCCAAGACCAGUGAGGAGGCUGUGAUACAGGAGAAGCAGGAGACUCGUACAGACGUAAAUAACUUCAUCACUAGUGAGACAUCAACAGGUACAUUAAACUCGACUCACCACGAGCCAACGAUGUGUAGUAAUCCCCAAAAUGUGCCUGAUGUAUCUGGUAUUGUUGGAGACGUUCCAGAAGCUAUUAUGAAUGAGGAUACUAGCUCUCAGCCCAGUUUGGACUCGGAGAGUGAUGACAGUGAGUUGAGUAACUCGAGAAAACUGACGUUUCAGUCUAGGGAUUUUGGGAAGAGUGAGAAGGUCGAGGAGAAGGGGGAUGACAAGAUUUGUGAGGGGGCUGAGAAGCCUGGGGAUGCACGUAAAGCUGGGGAGGAGAGUAAGGUAAAUUUCAGUGCUCAUCGUCAGCCAGACUUGUCCAUUGACGAUCCAAUUGUUGAGAAGCGAGCCAGGCUGGACGAUGAGAGCCCAGUGAUAGACUCUGUGGCUGUUUCAGAGUCCUCGGAGACGAGGUCAGCGUCUCCAGAGACGAAGGAAGCUUCCGAGCCCCCGGGGGCGUCUGAGGGGGCUGGGGAGGGAGAGAAAAGUGAGGAGAUCAAGGAGACAACUGCAGCUGUUGCAGAACCAGAGGCUCCAGGGGAGCCCACUCCUGAACCUGAGCCUCAAGCUGAGCCUGAGGCAGAACGAGAGGACGAGGUCAUUGAGACGGACUUCCAGGAGCUUCCAGAGUACCAGGACAAAACCACAGACUCCACAGAGGCAGCUGUUGAUCCUAGUAAAAAGGAGGAGAGUCCCAGUGAGGCUGAGCAGGAGGCGAAACCUAUUAUAGAGGAGCCUCCCCAGGAGGAGCCUGAGGAGAGGGCUGAGGAGACUGGGGGCGUUGUCAUCCAGGAAGCCAUGGACGAUGAUGCCAAGGGUGGAAGCACUUUGGUGCCAGACCCCAUUCCCAUUGUGGAGGAACCGAAGGAGGAGAUUCCUGUUGACAGGGCUGAGGAGACCUCGAUAGCUGAGAUUAUCGAAGCCAAAAGCCCUGUCGAGGAGGGCAUUGCUGGGGCUAGUGAGACUGUCAUCCCCUCGAGUGUCGUCCCCACGAGUAAGGAGAGCCCUCUCGAUGUGGAGGAGCUGUGUGAGCAGCAGACACCUGUGGACGAGGUCUCCAUUGCUGAGGGGCCUCAGGAGGAGAGCAUGGAGAAGGAGCCUGCUGAGUCCAUGGAGGUCGACAGUGAGGAUGCCACACCUGUUGUACAGCAGGACGAACCCAUGGAGGAGGAGUGCGGGGAACAACUGAAGAGUUAAUGUACCAAACUGAUAUUAUUCGUGGAAAUGUCAUUCUCGCUUUUUCGAUGACUUAAAUUCUCGUUUUCUGGGGGAAUUAGUGACUUGGAGGAUCUUUCGUUGAAGGAAUUUAUUGUCUUGUAUGUGGGUGAGGUCAUUGUCAUGAUUUGUGUGUUUUUGGGGGGAAGUGGUAGAAUUUUAGGGGGGGGGGGGUAAUUGGGUUGUUUG